UAUGUGUGUCCGCCGUCGUGCGUAAUGAUAAAUAAAGCAGUCGUACUUUGUCAAUGCUCGUGUGUGUACCUUCGCCUAUCUUAUAUAUAAAAUACGUAACAUUUGGCGACGAAGAUGAAAAUUCGGUGAAAAUAUUAUUUAAUUUUCUUGUUGUGAUUAUAAUGUCGAAUAUUUCGCAAUACAUACCGGGUUCGGAAUCAUUCAGUAAUUAUUUAGAUCGAUUAAACGCGCAGUUGACCGUUUUAAAAGUUAAAGAGGCUGAUAAAAAGUCCUAUUUAAUCGCAUACAUUGGUUCGGAAGCAUAUAGUCAAUUAAAAGAUGCUUGUUUGCCGGAGGAACCACAAUUAAAGUCAUACGACGAGUUAGUGUCCAAAUUGGAAGAAAUAUAUUCACCACGUCGUCUUGUAGUGAGUGAAAGAUUUAUUUUUAACCAACGUACACAGAACCAGGGUGAGUCAACUCGGGAGUACAUAACAGCAUUAAAAAAAUUAUCAAGUUUUUGUGUAUUUGGUUCGUUUUUAAACGAUGCACUGCGAGAUCGGCUUAUUGUAGGGAUAAGUGAUGAAUCGUGUCAACGAAAAUUACUUGGUAUAGAGUCCCUAACGUUUGAAGAAGCAUGUAAAAUUGCUUUGGAUUCGGAGUUGGUUUGUAAUCAAACACAACAAAUGAACAAUAAAUCACAAGUAAAUUUUAUCAAUAAUGGGAAAAAUGUGUCUCGUCAAACACAUUCGUCAUCGAAGUCGGAACUCAAGUGGAACGGAAAUUCUGGUGGAAAACCGUGGUCUGGGAAGUCGUCAAAACCUGGUCAAAAAAAUGGUCAGUCAAUUCAGCACGGCAGUCAAAGUUCACGAAGUCUUAAGUUUGGUCAAUGCUAUAGAUGUGGAAGGAAGCACGAUGUCCGUACGUGUCCAGCCAGAGAGUGGGAAUGUUUUUCAUGUAAAUUAAAAGGUCAUACGUCGAAAAUGUGUAAGACAAAAAUUAAAAAUAAUUUAGAGUCUAUUGAUUUAGUAAAUAAUGUGUCUCAGAAUAGUGGGGGAAAUCCACUUGUGAUUAAAAUCAAAGUUAAUAAUAAGCUUAUUCCGUUUGAAGUAGAUAGUGGAGCGUCGGUUUCAGUUAUGCCGAUUAAAUAUUUUAAUAUGUAUUUUAAUAAUUCAUGUAAAUUAGAAAAAAAACAUAUUCAAUUAAGUUCUGUAAAUUGUGAACCAGUCAAGGUUUUAGGUCAAACACUUGUAAAUGUCGAGAUGUCAAAUCAAAAAAAUAUUAAACUAUAUUUAAUUAUAACGGAAAACUCUGUAAAAAAAGUUUUAGUAGGUCGAUCUUGGUUAGAUAAGUUAUAUUCAAACUGGAGAUCGAAUAUGUGUCUAAAUUGUAUAAGUAGUAAUGUAGAUUGCAAAAUCGGGAAAAAUAUUAUGAAUUCUGUAAAUAAUAAUAAUUGCGUUUUAAGUGAAAUAGAUGUAAUUAACAAUAUUAAACUCAAGUUUCCCGGGGUGGUUAAAUUAAAUGAUAAACCAGCUGAUUAUAUAAAAGACCAUGAGGUCAAUUUAUCUUUAAAAGAAAAUAGCGUACCAGUUUUCCAUAGAGCAUAUCAAGUACCAUAUGCACUAAAGUCUGCUGUAGAAAUUGAGUUAAAUAGAUUAGAAGUUGAAGGAGUUAUAAGUAAGGUUUCAAUUAGUGACUGGGCAUCGCCUAUUGUAGUAGUACCAAAAAAAAAUAAUAAAAUUAGAAUAUGUGUAGAUUUAAAAACUACCUUAAAUCCAAAAUUACAAAUUGAACAACACCCAUUACCAAGAGUCGAUGAUGUGUUUAAUGAGUUAUCCGGGGGAAGUGUAUUCACUGUUUUGGAUUUAGCAGAAGCGUAUUUACAAUUACAGGUUGCACCUGAAAGUCGUAAGUUUCUUACAAUUAAUACUCAUAAAGGGUUGUACUGUUUUAAUCGUUUAUGUUAUGGGGUAGCGUCAGCGCCAAGUAUAUUUCAGUCAGUCAUGGAAAAUAUUUUACGAGGUGUUUCUAAAGUACAAGUAUAUUUAGAUGACAUAAUAAUCUGCGGCUCGUCAAGGUCAGAGUGUGAAGAAAAUGUUAAUGCGGUGUUAGAACGUUUAAAUGAGUAUAGAGUUAAAGUAAAUUUUGAGAAAUGUCAGUUUUAUUGUUCAAGUGUACAAUUUCUAGGUCAUAAAAUAGAUUGUCAAGGCGUACAUCCCGAUGGAAAUAAAAUGGAUGCGAUAAGAAACGCACCGUGCCCUAAUGAUGUAGUACAAUUAAAAUCAUUUCUCGGUCUCAUAAACUAUUAUCAACGUUUUAUUCCAAUGUCGUCAUCUAUAUUAGCUCCCUUGUACAAUUUAACAAAAAAUAAAAUACCUUGGAAUUGGUCUGACGAAUGUCGAUCAGCGUUUGAAAAUAUAAAACAGGUAUUAAUAAAAAGUCAAUUAUUAGUCACGUAUAAUCCAGAUUUACCUCUAGUAGUUACGUGUGACAGUUCUAGCUAUGGUGUCGGUGCAGUUCUUAGUCAUUUGAUAGAUGGGGAGGAGAAGCCAAUUUUAUUCGCGUCUAGCACCUUAUCAGCGGCAGAAAAAAAUUAUGCACAAAUUGAGCGUGAAGGGUUAGCAAUAAUCUUCGCAGUAAAAAAAUUCCAUAAAUACUUGUUUGCACGCAAAUUUAUUUUAGUAACUGAUCAUUUGCCGUUAAAAUCAAUUUUUAAUCCGUCAAAGAAUAUACCUGUUGUAGCUUCAUCUAGAUUACAAAGAUGGGCAGUUAUAUUGUCUAGUUAUCAGUACGAGAUUCAACAUAGGAAGGGGGUAGACAUAAGUAACGCAGACGCGUUAUCAAGAUUACCUCAAAGUAGUAAUACUGGGGAAAAUGCUUGUUCAAUUUUAUUAUUAGAAAAUUUACCUUUAACGUAUAAGGAAGUGAGCAAAAAAACGAGUACAGACGAAGUAUUAAAAGAAAUAAGUCAGUAUACGAAAGAAGGUUGGCCGGGGGUAAAGUCGUUAAAAUCAGAUUGCCAACAAUAUUAUAAAAGACGGGAAGAAUUAUCGUUAGUAAAUGACUGUUUGAUAUUAGGUAAUCGCGUAGUAAUUCCAAAGUCAUUAAGAGAAGACGUAUUAAUGUUAUUACAUAAAAACCAUCCGGGUAUUGUUCGUUCGAAAAUGCUCGCAAGGUCGUAUGUAUGGUGGCCUAAUAUCGAUAUUGAUAUAGAUAAGUUUAUUAAGACGUGUACGGAAUGCCAAUGUAAUCAAAACGAUAAGAAUGUUAGUGAGAAAGUGUAUAUUCCGUGGGAAAAUCCAUCAGAUUCUUGGAAAAGAAUACACAUCGAUUUUCUAGAAAUAAAUCAAGUUAAAUUAUUAAUCAUUGUUGACAGUUUUAGCAAAUGAAUUUAAAGCAUAUUGUGAGAAAAAUUGUAUAAAACUAGUACAUUCGCCGCCAUACAAUCCAGAGUCUAAUGGGUUGGCAGAGCGAGGAGUGCAAACGAUAAAAAAAUUAUUAAUAAAGAGUUUGUGUGUAGAGAGAGAUGUAAAAAGAAUACAAUCAAAAAUUAAUAAUAUUUUAGUAUCAUAUCGUAACACACCAACAACAAGCACAGGUUGUAGUCCGUCAGAUUUAAUAUAUAAUUUUAAACCAAAAAAUCAUUUGUCCAUAUUAAAACCACCAAAUAUUGUAGAAAAGAAUAAAAAUAUUAAUGUUACUAAGUACGAAAUAAAUGAUAAAGUUCUUGUUCGAAAUAAUUCAAAAGGGCAGAAAUGGUUAACUGGACGUAUAAUGAAAAUGUUGGGAACGUGCAGUUAUUUAGUCCGGGUUGGUGAUAAAAUCAGAUUAAUGCAUGUAAACAAAUUGAAAAAGAGUUAUUUAAAUGAUGAGGUACAUCCAAGGGAACUUGAAUAAUAAUAAAAAAAAAAAAAAAAAAAAAAAAAAAAAUAUAUUGUUUAUCUAUUUAAAUUUUUAAGUUAUAUUUAUUAUGUAUUGUGUAAAAUUGUAAAUGUUAAAUCAUUAUUAUUAUUUUCUAAAUUGUAUGAAUUUUGUAUAAGUUAAUUUAUUGUACUAAAAUUAUAUAGAAGGGAAAGAUGUUAUGUAUGUACAUUGUACGGUGUGUCCGAUACUCCGAUAUGUUAUCUGUAACGAUAAAUAUAUAUAUAUACAACAUUAUGUGAUUAUUAUGUGUGUCCGCCGUCGUGCGUAAUGAUAAAUAAAGCAGUCGUACUUUGUCAA